GUUUACAUAUAGCGAGAAAGGAACGACGAAGAGGACCAGAAGAAUAGAAGAUGAGUUCAGAAAAAGUUGUUCUAAUUUUUAUUUUGUGUUUGAGCAUGAUGAGUGCAGGACAUUGUAUAGAUAGGAAGCAUUUUGUUCUGGUGCAUGGGGUCUGCCAUGGAGCUUGGAGUUGGUACAAGGUGAAGCCACUCUUGGAAUCUGCUGGUCACAAGGUCACAACACUCGACCUUGCAGCUUCUGGCAUCAACAUGCACAACAUUGACAAUGUUAAUACUUUCGCACAGUACACUGAACCUCUGUUGCAGUUAUUGGCCACAACUUCCUCUAAUGAGAAGGUCAUUCUAGUUGCCCAUAGCCUUGGCGGACUCAACAUAGCACUUGCCAUGGACAAAUUCCCACAAAAAGUUGCUGUUGGUGUUUUCCUAACAGCUUUUGCUCCAGACACAGAACAUAACCCUUCUUAUGUUUUGUUAAAGUACGCUGAGAGAAUCCCCUUGUCUACAUGGAUGAACGUUAAAUUUGAACCAAGUGGAAACAAAACAUCAAUCUUGUUUAGUCCCAUGUAUAUGUCCAGCAACCUCUACCAACGAUCCCCCGCUCAGGACCUUGAAUUGGCCAAGAGUUUAGUAAGAACAUCAUCACUCUUCGUGGAAGACUUGGCAAUACAAAUGAAAUUCUCGAAAGAGGGAUAUGGGUCAGUUUCGCGUUCUUUUAUUGUCUGCACUGAAGACCUUACAAUUCCUAUGGAAUAUCAACAAUGGAUGAUCCAAAAUGCUGUCAUCGAUGACGUUUUGAGUAUCGAAGGCGCAGAUCAUAUGGCUAUGAAUAGCAAGCCUAGAGAACUAUUUGAUUCUCUCCAGAAGAUAGCAACUAAAUAUGCAUAAAUCCAUCACACAAGCUUUAAUUUGCUUUUAUUUCUUCUUGCUUUCAAUUUGACUUGUCUAAGGACUAUAAGAUCUCGUUUGAAAUUACUACUCUACGAAAUAAAUAAAUAAAUAAUAAGAAAUAUCUUGGAA